AUGACCGAAAGAAGUCCGUUCUUUUGGCUCUUGCUUGCUUUGAGUGUCUCCUUGGUUUCUAGCAGUGCGCUGAUACGUACGGCCAAAACGACUUCCAUUACAGAGGUGAACAUCACCCUGCCGGUCGACCAUUUCACUAAAACAGACACUCGAGUCUUCAACAACCGAUACUGGUACAAUGACAAGUACUACAAGCGAGGCGGCCCAGUCGUCAUCUUCGAUCUAGGAGAAGCCGGUGUCACUCCAGACACAGUCGCGGCAGCUAUUGGAGGGAGCGACGACAUCUAUUCACCUGUCCUCGAAAUUGCAAAGUCACAUUCCGGACUUGCGCUCGUAUGGGAACAUCGCUACUAUGGGGCAAGUCAACCCUGUCCUGUAAACGACAAAUACGUCGCCAACGUCGAUCCCCGAUGCUCAUACCAAUAUCUCACUGUCGACCAGGCUCUUGAAGAUGUUGUCUACACUUCAAAGCACCCAAAUUUCCCGGGCUAUAGCCAGGCUGAACUUGAUGCGUUGUCUUCUGGAAAGACGCCCUGGAUCUUUGUGGGUGGAUCGUACGCUGGUGCGCGUGCUGCGUGGAUUCGGGUUCGCAGCCCAGAAGCGAUUUACGCCUCGUGGUCAAGCUCGGCAACGGUGGCCCCGUUGGUGGAUGGUUCGAGCUACUUCAAUACCCAGGCUCGAACCUUGCCAUCAAAUUGCUCUGCCGAUGUCAAUGCCGCACUCCAGUAUAUUGACAGUGUUCUUGGAGGCAACGAUAACGCUUCCGUUAGCGACAUGCAGAUUCGACUUGCCACGACCAACAAUGCCAUCAAUAGUGGCUUCAAUGUUAACACCAGCAGCCAAGCGGAUGCCAACAGCCUAAGCAAAUCUGAUCUGGUGAGCGGACUGAUCAGGGCCUAUCUCGGAGACUUCCAAUAUGACGGACCAAGUAGCAAGUUCUGUGAUCAUUUGGAAUCGUUCAACAUCAAAAGUAGCCCGGAAACUGCGGACAUUCAUACCGUACUGCAGAACGGUGGCGAUGGCGUCGCGAGCGACAAGGGGUUGAUAGGAAGCGGGAAUAGCGCACGGUCGGUAGCAAAUGCCUACAUGUGGGCUUGCGUCGCCCAGAAGCAGCCUAUUCUUGGAUCCAACUCAUCGUCCACGGCAGCAGAGAACGUCAAGGAUAACAUGUUCAAGAAUAUAGAACCUGCAGAUUCAUCGGCCGACUUUAACUUUGGCUGGACGGUAGUCACUGAAACAGGCGGUUUCCAGAGCUGGUCUCCAGAGUACGCCGAAUUACAAAAGGGCAAAGUCGUGCUCUCUCGCUUCGCCGAUCAAGCGACAUUAAGAGACGGCUACAUCUCUUCUUUCGCUGGUGUCAAUACGAGCUUGAUCCCAGCUACUCCUCGGGUUGAUCAUGUGCUCAAGUACGGCGGGUGGAACAUGACCCCGAGCAAUGUUAUGUUCACGGUUGGAGAGUACGAUCCCUGGCGGCCAUUCACGGUUUUGGGAGUAGACCAGGAGAUCGGAGCACCGCUUCGUACAGCCACAAAGGAUGUUCCAAAGUGUGACGUGGCGCCUGCCCAGUCAGAGGUGUUCGGUCUAGUAUAUCCUAACGCUGCUCAUGUGAGCGAUGGCACGAUUUCACAAAGCGCCUUGGAGCCAGAUUCUCCGCCUGCUGUUGGUUUCGACUUGUUCCAUGCGGCUCUAAAGGAGUGGCUACCGUGUUUCGGUACAUAG